AUGCCAGCAAGGACCAUCCGCAGCAGCAGGCAGGGGUGAUCUGGAGAGUGACGGGCGGCCUGUUCAGCAUCCCCCGGGGAGCCGUGGGAGCCACGUUGGGAGGAGUUGCCUGGGUGGGCAGCAAGAGCCUGGAGCUCACCAAAACAGCUGUGACCAGCGUCCCCGCUGCUGGCGUCGGACUGGUGAAGGGCAGCGUGUCGGCGGUGACCGGCGGCGUCGGAGCUGUGGGCAGCGCAGUCGCCAGCAAAGUCCCUUUCACUGCAAAGAAGAAGGACAAGGCUGACUAAUCCUCGUCGCAGCUCCCUUCCCAAAGAUCAACCUGCCCAUACUCUCCCCCUACACAGCACCUCUUUGAGUUGGAACCAGUCGCUUCAGGGAGGGUCAAGCACCCAAGCAGACUCUGGCUGCAGCCUGCAC